GAUUUUAAUUUUAUCAAAAAUUCAAUUUUCUUAUCUGUUUUCUUAUCUAUUUGUUCAAGAUACAGACCUGAAUUACUCAUAUUGUAAGACUUCUUUUUUUGAAAAAAAAAAACUCUUUUUUUGAAAGAUUUCGUAAUUUUAUAAACUUUAUAUACAUCUCUAAACUUCGUCUACUACUGUCUUUUAUUUGACUUUAAUUUAGUCUUCUUGUCUGUUCAUUGUUCAAGCCUAAUACAGACCUAAAUUAUUUAUACUGUUUCAAGGCUUCUUCUUCAAAAAGAGCUUUUGUUUAAAAAGAUUUCGCGAUUUUAUGAACUCUAUACACAUAUUCUGUAUAUUCUUGGGAAUGUUUUUCUAGAAAUUAUAUACCUUCAACAGAAAAUGCAGAGAAAAAGACCGAACUCUACAUUAUUCAAGAAGAUUUUGUCAUUACUCUUGUCUCGCAUCUGAUUACGUCUCACUUCUCUCUACACCGCUCCGUUGUUUAGAUGAAAAAAAAAGAUGUAUAAUUAACUUGAUAAUUAACUUGUUUUAAAGACCGUUGCUUGACGGUACGUGGGUAGCAGAGAAUCCACGCUUCUUCUACGUGAUCGCCGGCGCAACCUACGUGUAUUUACCAAUUUGGGGUCCCAUGCAGAUGGAAUUUGUAGACAAGACAUUGCCGCACGCAGAGUUUCGAUACUCGGACAUGCAAAACGAUAUUGGAUUGUUCAGGGUGACUGUUUAUGCCGUGUAUAUAAUUCUGUGUCGAUAAUAAAGAGAGUAAACCUUGUAACUAUCGUGUGUCUGGCCUCGCACUGUCAUCUCUGCUCCGCUCUUACAGCUGAAGAGACCUCUUUACAGGAACGCGUACGUACAAUAUGUCGCACUUCCUCCGGAAUACAUCGCGAAUAUGUUCCAGAUAUACACGGAGAAUUGCGUCGCCGUUGGAUGGGGUCGACAUAUACCUGAUUCAGACGUAAGCUAGUAGCUAGCCAUUACAGUGUUUUAUUUAUUACAGCGAUACAAAUGGGGAUAGUAUAUUCUGAUGAAAGCACUUUGUAUUUCUUUCUUUUUGUAUGAAAUGUUCCCAAAAGAGGUGGGAUAUCCGAAUAUUUUUUUUUCCUCUCGCAGAGUCUAGAGAGUAUAGCCUAUCCUGAAAUAAUGAUAAAGCCAUUUCAGACUCCGUUUAAAGCGGACCUGUUUUUGUCAGUUAUUUCUUCUCGAGAAUCUGUUGUCGUGUUUUCUUUUAAAAGAAAUUUGUUUUAAUUAAUAAUUCCGAAAGCAUCGGAGAGUUUUAGCGGAAGAAGCUGUAUGACGAAAGAAUAACUUAUUUCUUUGAUAAUUUAUUUAUUUUCAUGUGACUCGUUAUUAGAAGGAAACUGGCACGUAUUUGCGACAUGUCCAAAUUCCAUUAAUCUCACCCGAGGAAUGCCCUAUGCUGAAUGUGCAUAAAGAAAAGCAAUUAUGCGCGGGACUUCCAGAAGGUGGUCGCGAUGCCUGUCAGGGUGACAGCGGUGGACCAUUGCUGUGUAACGGAACGCAAGUCGGUAUUGUCUCUUGGGGCGAGGGAUGUGCUCGUCCGAAUUCGCCGGGCGUUUAUUCUCGCGUGGAUUUUUAUCUGGAAUGGUUGAACGAGACUAUUGUUCAAAAUAGAGCUCCGAAAUAUGAGUUACAAAAUACGAUUAUUUUUACAUUUUAUUGCUUGUAUGCUUUGUUAACAUGCUGAUCACCAUAUGCAGAAGAUAACAAAAAAAACAAUAAUUUUGUAUUUAGCAA